UUUGAGGCACCGAACGAAAACGAUAAGUUUUUAUUCGCAUGUAUGUACAUUAAACAUAUUUCCAAAAGCAAGCAAGCCCGUCCAAAUUUUUGUGCUUUCGUCAGAUGUCAGAUAUAUUGUCGACCCACGCAGAUAUAGUCCAAAUUCGGUGUGUAAAGCAGGGGGUAGUACCAUGGCCAAGAUCAUUCAGAUGGCGGUGAUGCUGGGCAGCUCCAAGCUGGGCCACGGCGCCUUUGGAUUCGAUGAAAGGCAAGCGGACUCGACGCCAGUGCCGCAGAUGAAGCGGGAGCUGCCCACGCGAAAGAUGUGCCUGGAGGCCUUCAAGCGAACCCACUACGACAUCCUCAUCAUUGGCGGCGGCGCCGUGGGCUCCGGCUGUGCUCUGGACGCUGCCACGCGGGGCUUGAAGACCGCCCUGGUGGAAGCGAAUGACUUUGGCAGCGGCACUUCCUCCAAAUCGAGCAAGCUGUUGCACGGCGGCCUCAGGGAUCUGGAGCAGGCCAUCUCGCGUCUGGACGUGGCUGCCUUUCGGCGGGUUCGCUGCUCCUUGCAGGAGCGCAGCCACAUUGGCAAGCUGGCGCCGCAUCUCAGCCAGCCGGUACCCAUCCUGCUGCCCGUCCACCACUGGUGGCAGGCUCCGCUCUACUACAUGAAGCUAAAGAUUUACCACCUAAUGGCGCCCAAGGCCACCAGGAGUUUUCAGUAUCUGAGUGCCGACGACGCAUUGGAAGUAUUUCCGAUGUUGCGACGCCAGGAGCUGUUUGGCGCCUUCGUCUUCUACGAGGGCCAGCACGACGAUGCCAGGAUGUGCCUCUCGGUUGCUCUUACGGCGGCUCGUUACGGAGCAGAUAUCUGCAACCACAUGAAGGUCUCGAGACUCAUCAAGAACAAGGAUGGCAAUGUGGCGGGCGCGGAGGCGGUGGACCAGCUGACGGGCAAGAAGUACAGCAUACGGGCGAAGGUGGUGGUCAACGCCACUGGCCACAUGAGCGACAGCCUCCGCAAGAUGGAAGACUCGGAAGCCAAGCCGCUCUGCACGCGCAGCUGGUCCUCGAUCAUCGUCAUGCCCCGCUUCUACUGCCCGGAGGAGGUGGGCGUCUUCGACCCGCACACGCCCACUGGCCGUUCCAUCUUUUUCCUGCCCUGGCAGGGCCACACGCUAGUCGGGUCCAGCGAUGAGCCUCUCAAUCUGCCCGAGCAGGACACGCAGCCCACGGAGACGGAUGUGCAGUCCCUACUGGAUUGCGUUAAGCACUUUGUAACGCCCAACUUCGACGUGCGAAGAUGCGAUGUGCUGGCCGUUUGGGGUGGCUACAAACCUCUGCCCGUGCAGUCCGAUAGCCUGCACCACACUCGUUUCAAGAACCAUGUAAUCCAGCUAGGACCUCGAAACAUGCUUUCCAUCGUUGGUGGCACGUGGUCCUCUUUUCGGGUUCUGGCUGAGAAGACCGUGAAUGCCGCCAUCCGGUAUGGAGAUCUUUCACCGCUGCGUAAGGAAUCGGUGACCGCAGAGUCCUGCAAACUGGACGGAGCCAGUGGCUGGAGUCCGAAGAUGUUCAUCCGGCUGGUUCAGGACUUUGGAAUGGAGCGUGACGUGGCUGAGCACCUAUCGAACACGUACGGAUCGAAUGCCUUCAAGGUGGCCGUCAGUGCGGACAGCAGUGGAAAGGCAUGGCCCAUUGUGGGCAAGCGACUUCACUCGGAGUUCCCGUACAUUGAGGCGGAGGUAAAGCAGGGCGUUCGCGACUUCGCUUGCACGCUGGAGGACAUGGUGGCUCGGCGACUGCGAGUGGCCUUUCUAAAUGUGCAGGUGGCCGAGGAGAUACUGCCGCAAGUGGCCAACAUCAUGGCCAAGGAGCUGAACUGGUCGCGAGAUCAAAUCAAAAAGCAGAUCCGCCAGACGCGCACCUUUCUUAACUCCCAGAUGGGCCAGCUGACCAAGGAGAGCGCCUCGCAGAUGAACAUUCCCAUCAAGAUGAGCGUGCGCCAAGUGCGCAAGUUUGCCGGGCAGUUCAGGCAAAUGGAUGAGAACAAUACGGGGUACGUGUCUAUUGCGGACUGCUGCAGGGCCAUGAAAACGAUGGGCGUGAAGGAGGUGCCCGUCGACCUGAUGCACAAUGUCCUGCGGGACAUUGAUGUCCAUGCCCAGGGCAAGGUGAACCUGUACGAGUUCCUCCUGCUCAUGUCGGCUAUUGUGCAGGGCAACACCGAGUACCUGCGGUACGCACGGCUGUAUCUGGACCACAAAAAGCAGAUGCAAGGCAGCAACUUUCCCACCGUAAUGCAAAUGGAGCGUGCCGGAGGCGGUCUUUGAAAGUAUCAUUCGUUGCAACAAUUUCCUCUUCGGAAUACUGCAUCCGUUGACCAUUGUCUACGCAUUACACGUCGAAGCAAUUCCCUUCGGGGAUCGCUGCCUCAACUUUAAUUUAUUCCUGUGUUAAAUACACAGUCUUCGGGUGGAGACGUGUUUCUUUCAAGCUACGAAUAGCAAGUUCUAAAAACUACAACAGUAUAGUGAAAGUUAAACACAAAGUGUAAAGUGCAGUUUGCACAACUAACAAUUAUUGACUAUAGUAAUUAUUUACUAAAAUAAAUAAUUAUUCCAUAUUGUUCUGGUAAUUGUUAUAUGUGGACUUAGAACAAUGAAUCAAAACGACAUACGUUCUCAGCGACAAUGUGAACAAGACGAGCGCCGGCUCUCUUUACAACGCAACAAUGCAUACUUUUCUUUCGUCUCACCGCAAAUCGGUGAUCGAGCACCCUCACCUUCAACUAACUCGAAACUUUUGCCCUCAGCGAACGACAGACCGCGUUCUUGCUCUCCCUCUCUGCCUGCUUCGGCUCACAAGUCGUGGAGCGAAGAGACCGCCUCUCCUACCCCGCUCCUCUCGCAGCGCCAAACGACCGUCCCGGGUAACUGUAACACUGCAAUAACGAGUGCAGUGACCUCACUGGCAACUGCCACAACAUCAACUUCGUCAGCGGCCCAACUAAUUAUCGCUGUGCCAGCUGUAAAUAAUUCAGCAGCACUGACCGUUUGCAACAACAAUAAUGCACGUAAAGAAGAAUCAAAACAAAAGCAGAAGUCGAUUUCGACUGUGCAGACUGGCAUGGAUCGCUACAUCCAAAUCAAGAGAAAGCUCAGCCCUCAAAACAAUAAGGCAGGUAAUCAACCCAAAAUCAAUCGAACCAACAACGGCAAUGAAAACUCUGCAGUAAAUAAUUCAAACCGAUAUGCUAUCUUGGCUGAUUCUGCGACCGAACAACCCAACGAAAAAAUGGUAGGGGAGCCAAAAAAGACCAGGCCUCCACCAAUUUUCAUACGAGAACAAAGUACAAAUGCACUUGUAAAUAAACUCGUUGCUUUGAUUGGUGACAGCAAGUUCCACAUUAUCCCACUUAAAAAAGGAAAUAUUCAUGAAAUAAAACUACAGAUCCAAACAGAAGCAGACCACCGUAUAGUGACUAAAUACCUAAAUGAUGCUGGUAAAAACUACUACACAUACCAAUUAAAAAGUUGCAAAGGGCUACAGGUAGUACUUAAGGGCAUUGAAGCAACAGUGACACCAGCUGAGAUAAUUGAGGCUCUGAAGGCCAAAAACUUUUCUGCAAAGACAGCUAUUAAUAUUUUAAACAAAGACAAAGUUCCGCAGCCACUAUUCAAAAUAGAACUCGAACCAGAGCUCCAGGCACUAAAGAAAAACGAAGUGCACCCAAUAUACAAUUUACAGUACUUGCUACAUCGGAGGAUCACCGUGGAGGAGCCGCACAAACGUAUCAAUCCAGUUCAAUGUACUAAUUGCCAAGAAUACGGCCACACCAAGGCAUACUGCACCCUUAAGUCCGUAUGUGUUGUCUGUAGCGAACCUCAUACUACCGCAAACUGCCCCAAAAACAAGGACGAUAAGUCUGUGAAGAAAUGCAGUAACUGCGGGGAAAAACAUACUGCAAACUACAGAGGCUGUGUGGUGUACAAAGAAUUGAAGAGCCGCCUAAACAAACGUAUUGCCACAGCACAUACAUACAACAAAGUCAAUUUCUACUCUCCGCAACCGAUUUUUCAACCACCCCUAACUGUCCCAAGCACUACUCCAACAAUUUCUUUCGCUAGCGCCCUAAAAUCCGGACUAGAAGUGCCCGCCCCACCGACAAGAACUGCUCAUUCCGAACAUACACCGACAAACAUCCAACAAACACAACAAAGUGGCAUCGAAGCUAUGAUGCUAUCCCUACAGCAAAGCAUGAAAGACUUCAUGACGUUCAUGCAAAAUACUUUGCAAGAGCUCAUGAAAAACCAAAAUAUCCUGAUUCAACUUCUUGUAUCUUCAAAAUCCCCAUAAUGGCUUCCCUACGGAUAUCUCUGUGGAACGCAAAUGGCGUUUCACGGCAUACACAAGAGCUCACACAGUUCAUUUACGAAAAAAACAUCGACGUAAUGCUACUAUCAGAAACGCACCUCACAAAUAAAAACAAUUUUCAUAUACCAGGAUACUUGUUCUAUGGUACAAAUCAUCCAGAUGGUAAAGCUCAUGGAGGCACUGGAAUACUCAUCAGAAAUCGCAUAAAACACCACCACUUAAACAAUUUUGACAAAAACUACUUACAAUCUACGUCCAUAGCCUUACAACUCAACAAUGGUUCAACGACUCUAGCCGCAGUCUACUGCCCACCGCGCUUUCCAAUCUCUGAGGAUCAAUUCAUGGAAUUCUUUAACACACUAGGUGACAGGUUCAUCGCAGCGGGUGACUAUAACGCCAAGCACACCCAUUGGGGAUCUCGACUUGUGUCGCCAAAGGGUAAGCAAUUGUACAAUGCGCUUACGAAGCCAGAAAACAAGCUAGACUAUGUAUCCCCGGGUAAGCCUACAUACUGGCCAGCAGACCCAAGAAAAAUCCCAGACCUGAUCGAUUUUGCAAUUACUAAACAUGUCCCCCGCAACAUGGUCACCGCCGAAGCACUAGCAGAUUUAUCAUCAGAUCACUCACCUGUUUUUCUAAAUAUGCUAACUCGCCCCCACAUCGUCGACCCACCGUAUAGACUCACAAAUUUUAGAACAAACUGGCCAAGGUAUCAAAAGUAUGUCUGUUCACACAUAGAACUAACGACGGCAUUAUCUACAAAGGAGGAUAUAGACAAGUCAACGGAAACUCUUGAAAACAUUUUAGUUUCGGCUGCAAAGGCUUCAACCCCGCCAGUGACGUAUGCAAAACCAAACUACAUCAAAACUAAUCGCGAAAUCGAGCGGCUGGUAUUAGAUAAACGACGCCUACGAAGGGAUUGGCAGUCUAAUAGAUCACCAAUUACUAAGCACAUGCUUAAGAUAGCCACACGCAGGCUUACCAAUGCUCUCAAACAAGAGGAAAAAAACAGCCAACGUUCAUAUAUCGAGCAACUCUCUCCCACCAGCACUAAGUACCCUCUUUGGAGAGCUCACAGAAACCUAAAGACUCCAAUAGCGCCAAUUAUGCCACUCCGAAGUCCCUCUGGCACCUGGUUUCGAAGUGAUGAAGAAAGAGCCAGUGCUUUCGCUGACCAUUUACAAAAUGUAUUCCGACCAAAUCCCUCUACCAACACAUUUAUUCUCCCUCCUUUAAUAGCAGCCAAUCUAGAUCCUCAAGAACCCUUUGAAUUCCGACCAUGUGAACUAGCAAAGGUUAUCAAAGAGCAACUGAACCCAAGAAAAUCGCCUGGCUACGACCUAAUAACUCCAAGAAUGCUCAUUGAACUCCCAAAGUGUGCUAUUCUUCACAUCUGCCUGUUGUUCAACGCAAUCGCCAAGCUUGGAUACUUCCCUCAAAAAUGGAAAAAGUCGACCAUAGUAAUGAUUCCAAAGCCAGGAAAAGAUAAAACGCAGCCAUCAUCAUAUAGACCGAUAAGCUUACUAACAUGUCUUUCAAAGCUGUUUGAAAAAAUGCUACUCCUUCGGAUUAGCCCUCACCUUAGAAUAAACAACACACUUCCAACACAUCAAUUUGGCUUUAGAGAAAAACAUGGAACCAUCGAACAGGUCAACCGAAUCACGUCAGAAAUUCGUACUGCUUUUGAACAUCGAGAAUACUGCACAGCCAUUUUUCUAGACGUCGCGCAGGCAUUUGACAGAGUGUGGCUCGAUGGACUUUUGUUUAAAAUAAUCAAGCUGUUGCCCCAAAACACACAUAAGCUACUGAAGUCAUACCUAUAUAACAGAGUGUUUGCAAUAAGAUGCGAUACAAGCACUUCACGCGAUUGCGCAAUCGAAGCUGGAGUGCCGCAAGGCAGUGUACUGGGUCCAAUCUUAUACACCCUGUAUACGGCGGAUUUCCCCAUAGACUACAAUCUAACAACCUCCACGUUCGCUGAUGAUACCGCGAUACUCAGUCGCUCGAAAUGCCCAAUAAAAGCCACGGCACUCCUAUCCCGACACUUAACAUCUGUAGAACGAUGGCUUGCCGACUGGAGAAUUUCAAUAAAUGUUCAAAAAUGCAAGCAGGUUACCUUUACCUUAAACAAACAAACAUGCCCACCACUGGUCUUGAAUAACAUAUGCAUUCCACAAGCCGACGAGGUAACAUAUCUGGGAGUUCAUCUGGACAGGCGGCUCACUUGGCGCAAACAUAUAGAAGCCAAAUCGAAACAUCUUAAACUUAAAGCAAGGAACCUCCACUGGCUCAUAAAUGCUCGCUCUCCACUUAGUCUGGAGUUCAAAGCUCUUCUAUACAACUCCGUCUUAAAACCUAUCUGGACUUAUGGCUCCGAGCUGUGGGGCAACGCAUCCAGAAGUAACAUAGACAUUAUUCAGCGAGCACAGUCAAGAAUUCUGAGAAUUAUCACUGGAGCGCCGUGGUACCUUCGAAACGAAAACAUACACAGAGACCUAAAAAUCAAAUUAGUAAUCGAAGUAAUAGCUGAGAAAAAAACGAAGUAUAACGAAAAGCUGACCACCCAUACAAAUCCCCUCGCAAGAAAACUAAUCCGAGUAUGCAGUCAAAGCCGGCUGCACCGCAACGACCUCCCAGCCCAGCAAUAAACUUAUUAGGGCAUUAAUGAAAAAAAAAAAAAAAAAAAAA